AUGGAUCAGAUAAAGUACAUAUUCGAAAACCCUGAUGUCACUGGUAGAAUUUCUCGGUGGGAAAUGUUGUUAACCGAAUAUGAUAUUCAGUACGUGACUCAGAAAGCAAUAAAAGGGAGUAUUUUGUCUGACUACCUUGCUCAUUUACCUGUGGAGGGUUAUCAACUGUUGAGGUUUGACUUUUCAGACGAAGACAUCAUGUUUAUCAGAGACUUCGCUAUUCCAUGCCCCGAGGAAGGACCCGAACCAGGAUCACGAUGGACGCUCGUGUUCGAUGGUGCUUCUAAUGCUCGUGGUCAUGGAAUAGGCGCAAUUAUUACUUCUCUAACUGGCUUCCACCUUCCGUUUACCGCUAGAUUAUGCUUUGACUACACCAAUAAUAUGACAGAAUAUGAGGCAUGUAUCUACGAUACUGAGGCGUCCAUCGACUUAAGAAUCAAGAUUCUUGAGGUAUAUGGAGAUUCAACUCUGGUAAUCAGUCAGGUAAAAGGUGAUUAG